AUGUCUGCCCCCAACCUGAGAGAGAAGUAUGAGGAGGAGCGUCAAAAGCGUCUUCGGCCGGAAGGCAUGAACCAGUACAUUGACUUCCGCGAUCCUGUUAUCGGUGACAAGUUGGGACGCGACCCUUGGGUUAACUACGAUCAUGUCGUCGCCAACGGAUCCCCAUUGAAGGACGGCGCGGCAGUGAAGUUUACGAUUAUCGGUGGUGGCCAUUCGGGUCUCCUACACGCCGUCCGUCUACUCGAUGCUGGCUUCAAACCAGAAGAUAUGGUUCUUGUGGACUCAGCCGGCGGGUAUGGCGGCACUUGGUACUGGAAUCGGUAUCCAGGGCUUAUGUGUGAUGUGGAGGGAUACGUCUAUCUGCCUUUGCUGGAGGAGACCGGCUACGUGCCCAAGCACAAGUACUCCUACGGACCUGAAAUCCGUGGUCAAUGCGAAAGAAUUGCCGCCCACUACAAACUUCAGGGUCAAUUCUGUACUCAGGUCAUGCAUCAAGAGUGGGACGACGGGAAGCGCCGUUGGAUCGUCACAAUGAAGCAAGACCUUGGCCCCCUUCGAGACCCGGUCCAUCUGACCAUUGAGACCCAAUUUUUGAUCUCAGCCGCUGGCUCUCUCUGCGUGCCUCACGUCCCUCGACUUCCUGGGUUGCUGGAGCUCAUGGCGAACCGAAAGGUCUUCCACUCUGCUCGAUGGGACUGGGAAUACACCGGCGGGAGCGAGGCCCAGCCGGACUUGGUGAACUUGAAAGGGAAGAAGGUCGGCAUAAUAGGAACCGGGGCAACUGCCAUCCAGAUUGUUCCAGAGCUCGCCAAGUGGGCGGAUCAGCUGUACGUCUUCCAGCGCACACCAUCUUACGUGGGCCCCCGUGGCCAGAGGGAGACGACUCCUGGGGACUGGAAAAAAGUCGCCCACAAGAAGGGUUGGCAGUACGAAAGACAAGACAACUUUAAUCACUUUAUCACGAAUGAUCCGGUUCCCGAGAACAUGAUUGAUGAUGGCUGGACCGCUUCGGACUCUCACUCGGUGUCCGGCUUUGUCGGUUGUCCGUCGAGGUUGGUCACUCCGGAUACGAUAGACGAGCACAUCACCUCGAUGUACCAGAUGGACGCACCACGAGCGGAGCGACUACGUGCUCGCAUCGCUAAUGAGGUCAAGGAUGAGGCCACUGCACAGAAACUUCAGCCGUGGUAUGCGGGCUGGUGUAAGAGACCAGCCUUCCAUGACGACUACCUACCAGCUUUCAACCGGCCAAAUGUCACGCUCGUGGACACCAACGGAAAGGGGGUCGACAGAUUCACAGAGUCCGGAGUAGUCGCCAACGGUACGGUGUAUGACUUGGACGUCCUGGUUCUGGCCACAGGGUUUUACACUCGCGGAAAAGACCAAUCGCCAUCAGGCCCAUUGAAUGCUCCUAUCAUCGGAAGAAACGGACUUGAGGCUACGCAGAAGUGGGCUUCCGACGAGUAUGGCACAAUCUUUGGCGCAUUUUCCCACGGGUUCCCCAACGCAUUCUUCAGCAGUCCUAUUCGCGGCGGCGUUUCGUACAACCUGACAUCAGCGUUCGACAUAACGGCACGAUUUACAGCUAGCACAAUCGCGAGUGCUCACAAACAAGCUGAAAACACCAGCAGGAUCGCAAUCGAGCCAACAAAGCUGGCUGAAAACAAAUAUACAGAUGAAGUGCAAAAGCGCGCUCUGUGGUAUAGUGUCCUUGCGACAUGCACCCCAGGCUGGUUCACAGGUGAAGGCGAAGCCGUCUUUGAGGACGGCGUGCCUUCACCGUCGACGACCGAUAUAUAUCACGAUGCUCUCGAGCGUUGGGUGUUUGAGGAACGCAAAGAGUCUGGCCCCUUUGGAUGGGACAAGCUCCUACCCAACCGAAAGAUCUCAACCGCAUCGACCCCGGGAACCUUUUUCAAUGAUCCUCCCACCUAA